AAUUCCAAUUUGCUAACUUUUUCUUAUUUCCUUUCUACAGGAGGUAGGAUUUGCUGUUUUACGUCUCAUUCCGACCUAGUCAUGGGUCAAUAGCAAGGACAGAUUCACACUGCUUAAUGAAGUGCAGAAAUUUAAAGUUGCGGAUCUGAGUUCCCAACACUACAAACCUCCCACGUAAUAUUAGAUUUUGAUUAUUUUCCUCAUAGAUAUUAGGAGGUAAUGUACUUGACUAGUAUAAGGAGCCAUUCGCGAACUUGAUCUUGUGGAAAUAGACAAUCUUCAUCACUUUUGACCAAGAGAUUCUGUGAGAUUGUUGUUGGAGAACACCGACGAGGAGACUGAUGGACGGGGUCAUGAAGCCUAUGAGCACCUGUGCUCCAAGUGAACUCAAGUCUGAUCAGGGAGCUUGCGACUUGCAAUUGGGUGACACUGGAAUUGAAGAUUUGCCCGAGUCCUGUAUAGCACAUGUCCUCUGCUUCCUUUCUACCAAAGACAUAGCCAUAUCGGCUUGCACUAAUCGCGCGUUCCGAGGUGCAUCUCUUUCGGAUGCUGUCUGGCAAGCCAAGUUGCCGAAAGAUUAUACUGAAGUUCUAGCAAAGGCAAAGGACGGUGCACGCGCCUUUGAUUCUAAAAAACAAAUCUUCGAUUAUCUCUGCAGCACAAUCCUUCUUCAUGGUCACGAGUUGUAUCGGCUAUUGGAGUCGCCUGCAGGAGUUUGUCGAGGUCAAGGCGCUGAAGCCCUGGACUUGGGUUCUGAUGGAGAACAAUGGGAUUGGCUUCAGCGAGGUGGUUCCAGUUACGACAAAUCGGCGUAUCUCAACGCUAGCUGCGCUUUGAAUGUUAAGGGGAGCAUGGAGUGUUCCCUACCAGUCGGCACGUACACUCUCGAGUGGAGGUUUGCUUUGGAUGAUACGUCGUAUGCGUUUAAUCGAGCCCGGAAUAAACUGCCAGUUGAGUUUGCGAUGUCAGUCAAUGAUCAUGUUACUGUUAAGUCAUACGGUUUUUUUCCAGAUCUCCAAUCUUUAUCAGAAGCUACGCUUUCAUCCGAUGAAGAAGAUCAAGAAGAACGAGACAUUGACUGGAACGAGUAUUAUUCUGGAGAUUAUUAUUCUGGAGAUUUUACUGGAGAAGAGGGAGACUCUCACUGGAACACGUAUUAUGUUGGAGAUUUUACUGUAGAAGAGGGGGAAGAACACUCCGGAAUGGGUCGAGUUAAAUUGGAUUACAGUUUUGUCCAUAAUCGGAGACACUAUACUUGGAAACGCGGUUUGUGGUUGGAUGGUGUUGUGAUCAUGCCGAGGACAAGGAAUGCAUGGAUGGUGUCAUGAUUCUGCCGAAGCAGUAGGGACUGGAAUAGAACAUGUGAUAGAUGGAUGGGCUGGUUGACAUCAUGCCCAAGCAACCAGGAAUAGAAUAGCUGACUCAUGAAGUGCCUUGAGCUUUAUCUUCAAGCAAUUAGCAUUACUGAGAGAACCGUGCACAUUAAAGCGAGCCAUUUGUAGAUUUGGGUAAAGAGAAUGUGCAUAUUACAGGUAAGUAGAUUCAUAUAGGGGCAACCCUAGAGAGGUAGUUGCGAAGAGUUAGAACAGUUUUAGUACUCAGAACUGAGAUUGUACCUAAUUCGCAUGGGCUGUUAGCUUCGGUUCAAUGGAUCUAAAUGAAUGAACAGUUCGUGCAAUUGAUGUCUGUUUUAAAAA